GGGCAGGGCCUCUGAGACACGGCCAGGAAGGCUGGCAGGCAGGAGGGCUGGGGCAAGCACUGCGGGCCAUGGAGGGGACAGCAGAGCCCGUAGUCUAUCAGAAGCUGUUGCUCUGGGAGCCAAGUUUGGAGUCGGAGGAGGAAGAAGAGGAGGAGGAAGAGGAGACAUCAGAGGCGCUGGUUUCCAACCCCUGGAGGCCCCAGGACUUUUCCGGGAACAAGGCUGGUGGGCUGCCCGGAACCUGGGCCCGUCUAGUGGCCGCCCUGCUGCUGCUGGCUGUGGGCUGCUCCCUGGCGCUGCGGCAGCUCCAGCAUCAAGGCAGCCCCACAGGAAGCCUGGGCUCCGCGGCCCCUCCACCCGGCGGACACUCCCAUGGCCCUGGUGUUUACCACCAUGGCGCCAUCAUCAGCCCUACAGACACAUGCUCCCACCUAGGCCGAGAGUUGCUUGUUGCCGGGGGCAACGUCGUGGAUGCCGGCGUGGGAGCCGCUUUGUGUCUGGCGGUGGUGCAUCCUCAUGCCACGGGGCUAGGUGCCAUGUUUUGGGGCCUCUUCCACAAUAGCUCCUCAGGCAAUUCCACGGCCCUGACAUCAGGCCCAGCACAGACCCUGGCCCCUGGACUGGCGCUGCCCGCAGCUCUGCCCACCCUGCACCUGCUGCACGCACACUUUGGCCGCCUGCCCUGGCCACGCCUGCUAGUGGGCCCCACCAUGCUGGCUCAGGAGGGCUUCCUGGUGGACACGCCCCUGGCAAGGGCUCUGGCAGCUCGGGGCACAGAAGGCCUCUGUCCACUGCUUUGCCAUCCUGAUGGAACCCCGCUGGGCGCUGGAGCCCGAGCCACCAACCCACAGCUGGCAGCCGUGCUUCACAGGGCAGCCCUCGCUCCCACCUCAGACCUUGCCGGGGACGCACUACUGAGUCUGCUGGCAAGAGACCUGGGGGUGGAGGUGCCCUCAGCUGGGCCCAGGCCCACUUUGGAACCAGCACAGCAGCUACCCAUGGCCCAGGGCAUCCUGUUCACCACCCCCAGUCCCUCAGCUGGCCCAGAGCUGCUGGCACUGCUGGAGGCAGCCCUACGGUCUGGGGCACCCAGCCCUGACCCCUGCCCACCAGUCCUGCAAACUGCCAUGAGCCCCGAGAGCAGCACCCUGGCCACCGUGGACAGCAGCGGCUCUGUGCUCCUUCUCACCUCCUCGCUCAAUGGCUCCUUUGGUUCUGCAUAUCUGUCCCCAGGCACAGGGGUUCUGCUCAGCAACAUGACGGCCAAGUCUACCGCUACUGCCUGGGCCUGCCCCCUCAUCCUCCGGGGCAGCCUGGAUGACACAGAGGCCAAUGUGUUGGGGCUAGUGGCUUCAGGGACCCCUGAAAUGGCCAGAGUCAUGACUCACACCAUACUCAGCCACCUGGCAGAGCCCCAAACCCAGGCCCAGCACCAGCACCAGGGCCAGCAAGAACCAACAGUGCAGCCCAGCACUUGUGGCCAAGGGACCCUGCUCCAGGUGGCAGCCUAUGCAGAGCACGCCCACGUCUCCAGUGUCCCCCACGGCUGCUGUCCCUACCAGGGGAUCUAACAGGAUGGGGGUGGGUCUGGUACAAGGCAGGGUUAUCUGAAGCCUGGGGCAGGAGCAGAGCAGACCCAGCAGCAAUGGAGUGUACCCCAGCUCACACCUGUCAUCUCAAGCACUUUGGGUGGUCAAGGCAGGAAGAUCCCUUGAGCCCAGGAAUUUGAAACCAGCCUAGACAGCAUCGCAAGAUCUCAUCUGUACCAAAAAGUUUUAAAAUCGCCAGGUGCAGUGGCAGAUGCCUGUUGUCCCAGCUACCUAGGAGGCUGAGGCGGGAAGCUUGCUUGAGCCGGGAGUUCAAGGCUGCAGGAAGCUAGGAUUACACCACUGCACUCCAGCCUGGACAACAUAGUGAGACCCUGUCUUUUGAAAAAAAAAAAUAAUAACAAUGGCCGGGUGUGGUGGCUCAUGCCUGUAAUCCGAGCACUUUGGGAGGCCGAGGCGGGCAGAUCACCUGAGGCUAGGAGUUUGAGACCAGCCUGGGCAGUAUGGCAAAACCCCAUCUCCACUAAAAAUAUUAAAAAAUUAGCUGAGUGUGGUGGUGCACGCCUGUAAUCCCAGCUAGUUGGGAGGCUGAGGCAGGAGAAUUGCUUGAACCUGGGAGGUGGAGGUUGCAGUGAGCCAAGAUCACACCACUGCACUCCAACCAGGGCAGCAAGAGUGAAACCUCAUUUAAAAAAAAAAACAGUGUGCAUCUAUUAUGUGCUCACUACUGGCUCAGGCCCCAACCUCUGGCCUUUUCCGUUAGCUAGAUUUGAGCUGUAGCAUCCAGGGCUAGCACAAUCAUUCUUCAAACCACCCACACUGAGGGAAUCGCUGGCUCCUUUACCAGCUAAGGAACACGAGAGUAAUGAGGAAAAAGUAACAGAGCCUGGGGCAAGCACUGAGUUCAGAUCCAGCUUUCGGAAGGACAGCAGAAAGAGUGCAGAGCCUCUGCCUCGGCAAGCGCUGGGCCCAGGGAGCAGGCAGGCAGAGCCCAGGGUACUGCUGGCAUCGCCGCCCUUCCCUUCAGGGCACCCUCUACCUAUCUUCCUCAAUCAGACUGAUACAAAAUAAAGAUCAAGUCUCCGGGAGGCCAA